AAAAAGAAAGCCGGUGCUGCCUCGACGCGUUCGAAGUCGCGGGCCAGCCGCUCGGCCCGCCGUGGCUCGAAGAGCAAGAAGAAGGCGCCGCGUGACGGAAGCGCCAAGUCGGCGAAGAUCAAGAGCAAGAGCCGCGGAAAGAGCGCCAAGCCUGGCAGCAGCAAGUCCAAGAGCGCCCGAUCCAAGUCGCUAUCCCGCAAGAAGUCCAGCUCGUCGAAGCCGAAAUCCACGGCUCUGGCCGCUGCCGGAAAGCUGAAGCCCUCCGAUGAAUCGUCGAAGAGCCGCCGGUCUUCGAAGAGCAAGAAGGAUAGCAAGUCGAGCAAGAGCAAGAAGGCCAAAGACUCCUCCAUCAAGAGCAAGAAGGAAAAGUCGGCUAAGAGCGUGAAGAGCGCCAAGAGCAAGUCUGGCAAGAGCAUCAAGACGCUGGCUAUUUCCGGCGCGGGCCCGAAGACGCAGGGCAUCACCAUCCAAGAGACGCAGCUCAACUGGAAGGCGACCGGUGGCCUCGGCAAAUUCAACCUGCACAACACCGACUCGACCACCAGGGCUUUCAAGGUUAAAACUAGCGACAACCUGCUUUACCGCGUUGCCCCCGUCUAUGGAGUGAUCAAGGCUGGAGAGAAGAUGGAAGUGCAAGUGAUGCGCAAUAAUGGUGCGGCCAAGGUGGACAAGCUCGUCGUUCUGUCGAUGCCCGUGGCCGGCGAGCUGGGCGGCGAGGAGGCGUUCAAGCAGCCCGGCGCCAACAAUAACAACUUCGACUUGGCCCUGCUGCCGCUGCUGCUAUGCGGGAAGCAUAGGAGGAUCUACUAUGCCGACAAAAAAGAGCGCCACGAGGAGAAGAUUUGCGCCCAGGCAUGCCGCGAGCUGAUGCACUACUUGAAACUUCCCCCGUCGAGUCAGCGCACCUACCAGCCGGAUUGCUGCGCGACCAUUGCUGCGGAAACUGCCGCUGGAGCGGCACUCCUCUUCAAACCGCGGUCAAGAGGUGAUGUAAUUGAAGAAGAAGAAUACGCCCGC